UCCAUAAAACAGCAGUACCCAGUGCCUUAGCAGUGGAUUGGAUUGGGAAAAAUCUGUACUGGUGCGAUGCAGAAAGGAAAACAAUGGAAGUUUCCAAAGCCAAUGGUCUCUACCCAACUGUCCUGAUCAGUUCUGGCCUCAAUAGCCCCACAGAUCUAGCUCUGGACCCUCAGACUGGGUACGUGUUCUGGGUAGACUGCUGCGAACCCCCCCACAUCGGCCGUAUUGGCAUGGAUGGUCGAGGGCAGACGGUUAUCGUUGACACGGAGAUCUAUAGCCCCACUGCCCUCACUAUCGAUUACACCAACAAGAGGCUAUACUGGGCAGACGACAACCACAUCCUUCUUUCCAACAUGGAUGGAACCCAAAGACGCAAAGUGUCCUACGAUCACAUCCAAGGGGUAAUGGCUCUGACUUUGUUCGAGGACUUUAUCUAUUGGACGGACGGUAAGUCCAAAUCACUUCGACGUGCUCACAAGACGACUGGCGCUCAAGGGAUGGAGCUUCUCAACUCCUGGCAAGCCAUCAAAUCCAUCAAGGUUUACCACUCCCUGCGCCAGCCUGAAGUACCCAAGCACCAGUGUCAGAUUGCGAACGGAGGAUGCAGCCACCUGUGUCUUCUGUCUCCCGGUGGGGAACACAAAUGUGCCUGUCCCACAAAUUUUUACUUGGCUGCUGACAACAAGACAUGUCUCUCCAACUGCACUUCCAGUCAGUUUCGCUGUGGGACAGAUGAGUGUAUCCCUUUCUGGUGGAAGUGUGACACGGUGGACGACUGUGGGGAUGGAUCGGAUGAACCUACUGACUGCCCGGAAUUCAAAUGUCAGCCUGGGCGCUUCCAGUGCGGUACUGGCCUGUGUGCUCUUCCUCCAUUCAUCUGUGAUGGAGAGAACGACUGUGGGGACAACUCAGAUGAAGCUAACUGUGAGACAUACAUCUGUCUGUCAGGCCAGUUCAAGUGCACCAGGAAACAGAAAUGCAUCCCUCUUAACCUGCGCUGCAACAGUCAGGACGACUGUGGAGACGGAGAGGACGAGACGGACUGCCCUGAAAGCACCUGCUCCCCGGACCAGUUCCAGUGCAAGGCCUCCAUGCACUGCAUCUCCAAACUCUGGGUCUGUGAUGAGGACCCCGACUGCGCAGACGGGUCGGACGAGGCUAAUUGCGAUGAAAAGACCUGCGGACCUCAUGAAUUCCGCUGUGAGAAUAACAACUGCAUCCCGGACCACUGGAGGUGUGACAGCCAGAAUGACUGCGGAGACAAUUCAGACGAGGAGAACUGCAAGCCGGUCACCUGCAACCACAAGGACUUUGCCUGCGCUAACGGAGACUGCAUCUCGUCCAGAUUCCGCUGCGACGGGGACUAUGACUGCCUGGAUAAUUCAGAUGAGAAGGGCUGUGAGACAGGCUGUGCUGAGGACCAGUUCCGGUGUCACAACAACCUCUGCAUAUCGCUCAAGUGGCUGUGUGAUGGCCAAGAAGACUGCAAGAUGGGGGAAGAUGAGAAAAACUGCCAGGAAACAGUGGCCCCUUCAUGUUCCUUGAACGAGUAUGUGUGUGCCAGCGGAGGGUGUGUGUCAGCCAGCCUGCGGUGUGAUGGACAUGACAACUGCUUGGAUGGCUCAGAUGAGAUUGGCUGUGUGAAGGAGUGCAGGGAAGAUGAGUUUCUCUGCCUGAAUCGUGCGCACUGCAUCCCUCGGCGCUGGCGCUGUGAUGAUGUGUUGGACUGCAUGGAUCACAGUGAUGAGGAAAACUGCAGCCAGGGUGCUUUCUUCUGCCGGGCGGAUGAGUUCAUUUGCAACAACACCUUAUGCAAGCUUCACACGUGGGUGUGUGACGGCAAAGACGAUUGUGGAGAUAACUCCGAUGAAGACGCUGACAUGUGUGCAAAACUUCCCUGCCCUCCUACAAGGCCAUUCCGUUGCAGAAAUGAUCACGUGUGUCUGCGCUCAGACCAAGUGUGCAACAAAGUGGACGACUGUGGUGACAACUCGGAUGAAGAAGACUGUGAGGAGGUCGCUGGAAGACCUCGGCCUUGUGGGAAGACAGAGUUCACCUGCGGUAACCAACGCUGCGUCCCCAUGCAGCUGCAGUGCGACAUGUUCAGUGACUGUGGCGAUGGCGGCUCGGACGAACAAGACUGCAAAGCCUUUUCCAGCGGAGAUGUAUGUGGAAAGAAAACAAAUCCAUGUGGAGAGGAUGCAAUUUGCAACCAAACGAAUGCUAAUGCUACAUGCCAGUGCAAACACGGCUUUAAGAGGAACCAACAGACAGGCCAAUGCGAAGACCUCGACCCCUUUGGAAGGUCGAGGCAGUGGGCUUCCCUUCCCUUCUCCGUUACGACAGUCCGCGGCGAAGAGGAAGGGAGCUAUGACGACCGGCUGGUUGAGACCCCGAACCGACGCGGACCCGACGUGCGGCCCUUGGCCUCUAAAAGACCCGUUGAGCGGGAGCAGAGGACGGACCCGACCCCUGGCCCUUUCCCGAACACUGGGAGACAAACCAUGAAAUUUGGGGCUCGUCGACCUCCGAUUGAACGCCGCUUGGUCGAGCGGCCGACGACCGCCGUGAGGUGUCGCUGUCUCCACUCCCGGAGCAGGAAGGAAGAAGACCUGGAGGCGUGA